AUGAUCGCACGCAACUUCUCCAGGACGCUUCUGCGCGCCGCUCCUCGCGCAAACACAAACGCAGUGGCUGUCGCCCGCACCUCGAUCCGCCCAGCAGUCGUCUCGUCGCCGCCGCGUAGCAUCGUCCCCGCUUACCGUGCCUUCUCUGCUACAACCCUUGCUCGAGGCCAGGGCGAAUACGAUGCGGAACUGAGCGCCCGCCUCGCUCAGGAACUGUCGUACGAACAGGAAAACUCGAAUCUGUUCGUUGGCGACUCGCCCACCAACGAACCGGGCUUCGUCACCGAGUUCAAGCAGAUGGGCGUAUGGAAGCUGCUCGACACGCCCGGUCAGGACGAAGUCUCGCUGGAGCGUCAAUUCGGCAACGAACACAUCAAGGUGCUCUUCUCGGUCGGCGACAUCGACACGAGCGGCCCUCUUUCCGAGGAAGGCGAGGACGGCUCACCGGAAGGACCCACCGACCAGCCCGAGAACCCGCCGUUCCCCGUGCGCGUCUCGGCGACCAUCACCAAGCCUUCCGGCGGCGCUAUCAUGAUGGACGCAUUCGUCCAGGACGGCGAGUUCAACAUCGACAACAUUGCGUUCUACAAGGACACCGAGAUGGCCACCAGGAUGGACGCCGAUGCCGACUUCAAGAGGAGAGGCUUUUACUUGGGGCCGCAGUUCGACACGCUCGAUGAGUCGGUGCAGACGCAGUGGCACCAGUUCUGGGUCGAGAGGGGCGUCGAUGCCAACAUGGCACUGUUCAUUCCCAACUAUGCAGAGUACAAGGAGCAGAGGGAGUACUGCAGCUGGCUCGCCAACAUGCGCGACUUUAUCGAUGCUUAA